UAAUCUCUCUAUUCUCCCAUUCAUCCUAUCAUACAGCCUCUUCUCCAUCAUCAUAAAUCCUAUUUCCCUUGUCAAUAAAUCCCUAUUUCUAAUGACCCCAGAGCCUUCCACCACCAGCCGGCAUCGUCACUCGCCCACAUUAAAACCUCUUAAACCACGGGUCGAUUCGGACGCUCCAGUUCAGAAUGGAACACCCCAGACUCGGAGCGCUGAUGUUUUGGUAGCCGCUGGAUUUCAACGUCAAUGGUCCGAGGAGAAAGAAAAUAUAUUACUUGGGCCUUACAACUAUCUUGUCUCCCAUCCAGGAAAAGAUAUCCGCCAGCAAUCCAUAACGGCCUUCAACAGCUGGCUGCAGGUUCCUGAAGUCUCUCUUCAGAUAAUUACCAAAGUCGUAGCUAUGCUACAUAAUGCCUCACUUUUGGUCGACGAUGUUGAAGACCGUUCUAAUUUGCGACGAGGUUUCCCUGUAGCGCACAGUAUAUUUGGGGUAGCACAAACCAUAAACUCCGCGAACUAUGUGUACUUCCAGGCCUUACAGGAACUUUUGAAACUCAACAAUCCAUUAGUGCUCAGGAUUUACACAGAGGAACUACUGAAUCUUCAUCGGGGCCAGGGGAUGGACCUCUUCUGGAGAGAUACAUUGACAACACCGACCGAGGAUGACUAUCUGGAGAUGGUUAGCAAUAAAACUGGUGGGUUAUUCCGUCUGGCUGUGAAGCUCAUGCAAGCCGAGAGCGCCUCGGACAAAGAUUAUGUUCCCUUGGUCAAUAUUAUUGGUCUGCUUUUCCAAAUCCUCGAUGAUUACUUAAAUCUCCAAUCAAAUCAGUACACCAAGAAUAAGGGAUUCUGUGAGGAUCUUACCGAGGGAAAAUUUUCAUUCCCUAUAAUCCACGCCAUCCGCAGUGAUCCAUCCAACCGUCAACUGUUAAAUAUUUUGGGGCAGCGAACUACAGAUGAGGAUGUCAAAAUGUACGCCGUUGCCUACAUGAAAGACCAAACAGGCACCUUUGACUACACGAGGAAAGUUAUCCACGAUUUACACAAGAAGGCAUUGGAGGCGGUUGAGGAACAUGGUGGAAACCCGUUACUGGUCGCGAUAUUGAUGAAAUUGGUGGCUAGAUAAGGGAACUGCUUCCUCCCUAAGGGGGGAGGGUUAUUUCUGGAGUGAUUUUUUUUCCCUUUUUUUCCUUUUUUUCCUUUUCUUUUUUUUUCUCUUAUUUAUAUCGAUGGGUGUAGGUCUUUCACCCCACCCGAUGUUAUAUCAGGUUUAUUUUUUCUUUGGGGUUUAGGUCUUUUCUUGGGCAUCGGGAAGGCUAGUUUGGGUUUGUUACGAAUGUCAUUGUUUCAAGGGCAGCAUUUCUUUCUCUUGCAUUGGGGUUCUUGACAUUUGCAAAAGCUUAUGUAUUUAGCUCUGGGAUCGUGUUGUGUCAUUGCUUUUUUACGUGGGCUAGUUUUAAUGUAGCUCCCAUCGUGCACCCGCUCAUGAGUAGAGACCAUAGACAAUCUAAAGCUACAUAUCAUAUUCAGA